CUCAAUAAAGGAGAGAAGGAAAUGUACCGAGGACAAACCCGUCUGUAAACGAUCUCUGUAAAGGGAUAUUUAGUCGGUUUGUACUAAAUUGGUCGAGGCAUCACAAGAGCCCUUUGUCUGUGGGACGGUGGGUCUGGCAACCAUUAUCUACUGGGGAAAGCGAUGUGUGAUGACUCCGCCCGGGCUGGGGGUGGGGAGGGUGCACCGCGUGGAGAGCUCUACCGGAAUUGAAGUGAGCGAACAAAGAGAACUCCCAGCAGCCGUCCGCCAGCUCCUCGCAGCUGCAUCAGGAGACGUCAGUCACGCCAGGAAGGCUGUUCGAAUACGCCUCCCUGAGAAAAGAGCUCAAGUAAAUAAUUGAUGGAGAUUGAUCGGUCCAGGACAAAGCUUUGCAGAAAACCAGUGCAUCCGAUUUCGAGCGGUUUUGGAAUCUUCUGCCAAGUACGGGAUAUGAGAGCGCAGCACGGACUUUGAGCGCAGCCACGGAUCUUCCAUCUCGGGUGUGGCUCCGGCCUUUUUGUCUUCCUGCCACCUCCCCUACCAUCCUCCGCCCCCGGCCCGUCCCCGCCUUCUUCUCUUUCCUCUUGAAAGUAGCCUCUCUUUGGUUACUUCUAAGCUGUCCUCCCUUGCAAUCCCGCCCUCUCCCCUGCCCAGUCCGGUGAGGUCAGCUCAUGAAUAUCAGUGCACUUCCUGGGGAGCGUCUGGCACGGCUUGGUACCUCUCGUGUUCGCCUGCUCGGAGCCGCAGCUCCAACCGAGUCACGGGCCGCGGGAAGUAACCGGCUCUGGGGGCCGCCGAGUCUGCUCGUUAACGCCAUUGUUUGGAGAAUUGGGUGUGGAACUGAGGCAAGACAGCCCAAAGUCGUGCUCAGCCAGAAAGUCGCAUAUAAUACCACGAAGUUAAACUUUCCUUGUCUUUAAAAGGCAUAAAAAUAAACCCUGAGGUCGCCGGAAGAACAGAAGGAAAGCGCUGUUCAUUUGCAUCAACUUCGAAACAUCGCGUCUGCUGAGAAAUUAGAAAGGAAGGUUGGAGGACUUGAGGAGGGAAGAGAAUGAGAAUGAUCUGGUGAUGGACCAUUCUAAAUCUCAUCUGAUAGAUUCUUCCUAGACCGCCAUGAGUCAGCCACCGACGGGGGGCGCUGCCCCUGCCACAGCCACAGCUUCUGCCGCCACCUCUGCCACUGAGGCUCGCCUGCACCCAGAGGGCAGCAGCAGAAAGCAGCAGCGUGCACAAUCACCUGCUAGACUAAGGGACAAUUCGGUCCGGCAGACAACUACGACCACCCGGUCCCCCGUGGGGACCGGCACUAAACUCAAUUCUGUUCGACUGCAGCAGCUGCAGCAGCAGCAAGGCAACAAGACCGGGAGCCGCUCGGUGCCUCCGGCCAGCGCCCGCGGAGGCGGAGGCGGGGCGGAGAAGGCCGCGCCCCUGGCGCCCAAAGGGGCCGUGCCGGGAGCUGUCCAUCUCGCGGCUGGUGCUGAAGCGGCCCCCGCGGCGACCCUGGCCCCGGUGGGCGGCAGGAGGCCUGGCCCGACGGAGGAGCCUCCCCGGGAGCUAGAGCCCGUGUCCGCUAAACUCGGGGAACCCCCUCCGCUAGGGGAAGGAGGAGGAGGGGGUGGGGAAGGAGGAGGAGCCGGCAGCGGCUCCGGGGAAAGGGAGGGGGGCGCUCCGCAGCCGCCGCCGCCGCCGCCCAGGGGCUGGCGAGGGAAAGGCGUACGAGCUCAGCAGAGGGGCGGCAGCGGCGGGGAGGGGGCCUCCCCUUCACCAUCCUCCUCUGCGGGCAAAACCCUAGGCCCCGGCAGCAGAAACUCCGGAAGCGGUGUUGUGGGGGGUGGCAGCGGUGGCGGAGGGAGCUACUGGAAGGAAGGAUGUCUGCAGUCUGAGCUCAUCCAGUUCCACCUCAAGAAAGAGCGAGCGGCAGCGGCGGCAGCCGCGGCUCAGAUGCACACUAAGAACGGCGGCAGCAGCACCCGCAGCUCCCCGGUCUCUGGCGCCCCUGCCAUUUGCGAGCCUCUUGCAGUCCCUUCCGUCUCCCCAAUGGCGGCGGCAGCGGAGGGCCCCCAGCAGAGCGCAGAGGGCAGCGCAACUGGAGGGGGCAUGCAGGCGGCGGCGCCUCCUUCGUCGCAGCCGCACCCGCAGCAGCUCCAGGAGCAGGAAGAAAUGCAAGAGGAAAUGGAGAAGCUCCGAGAGGAAAACGAGACUCUCAAGAACGAGAUUGAUGAGCUGAGGACCGAGAUGGACGAGAUGAGGGACACUUUCUUCGAGGAGGAUGCCUGUCAACUGCAGGAAAUGCGCCACGAGUUGGAGAGAGCCAACAAAAACUGCCGGAUCCUGCAGUACCGCCUCCGCAAAGCCGAGCGCAAAAGACUCCGCUACGCACAGACAGGGGAAAUCGACGGGGAGCUGUUGCGCAGCCUGGAGCAGGACCUCAAGGUUGCAAAGGAUGUAUCUGUGAGACUUCACCAUGAAUUGGAAAAUGUAGAAGAAAAGCGAACCACAACAGAAGAUGAAAACGAAAAACUGAGGCAACAGCUUAUAGAAGUUGAGAUUGCAAAGCAAGCUUUACAGAAUGAACUGGAAAAAAUGAAGGAGUUAUCCUUAAAAAGAAGAGGAAGCAAAGAUUUGCCAAAAUCCGAAAAAAAGACUCAACAGACUCCCACAGAGGAGGACAAUGAAGAUCUAAAAUGCCAGCUGCAGUUCGUGAAGGAAGAAGCCGCUUUGAUGAGAAAGAAGAUGGCCAAGAUUGAUAAAGAAAAGGACAGAUUCGAACACGAGCUUCAGAAGUACAGAUCCUUUUAUGGGGAUCUGGACAGUCCUCUGCCCAAAGGAGAAGCGGGGGGCCCUCCCAGCACCAGGGAGGCUGAACUCAAGCUGCGGCUGCGACUGGUGGAGGAAGAAGCCAACAUCCUGGGCAGGAAAAUCGUCGAACUGGAGGUGGAGAACAGAGGCCUGAAGGCCGAACUGGACGACCUGAGGGGGGACGACUUCAACGGCUCGGCCAACCCCCUCAUGAGGGAGCAGAGCGAAUCCCUGUCGGAGCUGCGGCAGCACCUGCAGCUGGUGGAAGACGAGACGGAGCUGCUGCGGCGGAACGUGGCCGACCUGGAGGAGCAGAACAAGCGCAUCACGGCGGAGCUCAACAAGUACAAGUACAAGUCCGGCGGCCACGAGAGCGCGCGGCACCACGACAGCGCCAAGACCGAGGCUCUGCAGGAGGAGCUGAAGGCGGCACGCCUGCAGAUCAACGAGCUCAGCGGCAAGGUCAUGCAGCUGCAGUACGAGAACCGCGUGCUUAUGUCCAACAUGCAGCGCUACGACCUGGCCUCGCACCUGGGCAUCCGCGGCAGCCCCCGCGACAGCGACGCCGAGAGCGACGCGGGCAAGAAGGAGAGCGACGACGACUCGCGGCCGCCGCACCGCAAGCGCGAAGGGCCCAUCGGCGGCGAGAGCGACUCGGAGGAGGUGCGCAACAUCCGCUGCCUGACGCCCACCCGCUCCUUCUACGCGGCGCCCGGGCCCUGGCCCAAGAGCUUCUCCGACCGGCAGCAGAUGAAGGACAUCCGCUCGGAGGCCGAGCGCCUGGGCAAGACCAUCGACCGGCUCAUCGCCGACACCAGCACCAUCAUCACCGAGGCCCGCAUCUACGUGGCCAACGGGGACCUGUUCGGACUGAUGGAUGAGGAGGACGACGGCAGCCGCAUCCGCGAGCACGAGCUGCUCUACCGCAUCAACGCGCAGAUGAAAGCCUUCCGCAAGGAGCUGCAGACCUUCAUUGACCGCCUGGAGGUGCCCAAGUCUGCGGAAGACCGCGGCGCCGAGGAGCCCAUAUCCGUGAGUCAGAUGUUCCAGCCUAUCAUUUUACUUAUUCUCAUUCUUGUAUUAUUUUCAUCACUUUCUUACACAACAAUAUUUAAACUUGUCUUCCUUUUUACACUGUUUUUUGUACUGUAAAUCUUUCAUCAUUUACCAUUCAUUGUAGUAUUUUCAGUUUGUUUAUUUUGUUCACCCUUCAAGACAAGAAGUAAAAGAAGUAUAAUUUCUGUAGUAAUCAAUGCUAUAAAAACACUGAAGACUGCUUAUUUCUUUAAAAAGACACCUCUUACCACUACCAAAUUCAAUAAGAAGCCCAAGCAUUAAAGUAUUUCAGGUAA